CCUGGAGCAGCACCGCGGUGCGCCUGACGCAGCUCGACUGUCUCUCACACUGUCGCCACAACUAUGAUCACACACUCCUGCACGCCUCCUCAUUCCUGGAUCUACCACUCUCUGCGGGCUUGUUUGCAUUAGUUUGUUUUUGUUUGUGACUUUAAUUUAUUUUAUUUUUAUUUGUAGUUCCAGGUGAGCAUGUGCGUAAUUUUGCGAGGAUUGCCGAGGUGCCACCGGGAGUGAGUCUGUCGGGCAAUAUGCGCCACUGGGAUAUGAUUGUCACCCGAAAGGCUUAUGGAAUAUAGCCUGGUUUGUUCCAACCUGCACGCGCUCUGGUCCAGCCCCGUGAAGAAGAAACUAAUCCUGCUCAGCAUCAUGUUUUUAAUCUGGGUAUACAUGCUGUACUCCUGCGUGGGCUACUGCUCCACCAUGCCAAGUUUGGUGGUGGACGGUUACCGGGGCAAAGAGAGCGGUCCGGCGGUGGGCAAGAGGACAGAGACCAGCAGCAGCAGCAGCAGCAGCUCCAGCAGCAGGACGGACCUGGUGUCCAGACUGCUGUCCAAACCGCAGCCCUGGGAGGAUAUAGAGAGCGACUACGAGGAGCCGUCCAUCAGGACCGCCGCGUCCAGAGACCUGCUCAAUAACGAGCUGGAGACGGACCGAGCCGAGGAGUGGGACGAGAUGCGGGGCGAGCAGCUGCAGCAGAGAGCCCCGGAGCCCAGCGCCAUGUCCAGCUUCUCCAACGGCUCCGGGAGCAAGAAGCUGCCGCAGGCGAUCAUCAUCGGGGUGAAGAAAGGAGGCACCCGGGCUCUGCUGGAGUUUCUCCGGGUGCACCCGGACAUCAGAGCCGUGGGAGCGGAGCCGCACUUCUUCGACCGCAACUAUGAGAACGGGCUGGAGUGGUACAGGGAGCUGAUGCCCAAAACCCUGGAGGGCCAGAUCACCAUGGAGAAAACCCCCAGCUAUUUUGUGACCCGGGAGGCUCCAGCCAGGAUAUCGGCCAUGUCCCGGGACACCAAGCUGAUCGUGGUGGUGAGGGACCCCGUCACCAGGGCUAUCUCGGACUACACGCAGACGCUGUCCAAGAAGCCCGACAUUCCCUCUUUAGAGAGCCUCACCUUCAAAAACAGGACUACGGGACUCAUCGACACCUCGUGGAGCGCCAUCCAGAUCGGCAUCUACGCCAAGCACCUGGACAACUGGCUGCAGUACUUCCCCAUGGAGCAGAUCCUGUUUGUGAGCGGCGAGCGUCUGAUCAGCGACCCGGCCGGAGAGCUGGGCCGCGUGCAGGACUUCCUGGGACUCAAGAGGAUCAUCACGGACAAACACUUUUACUUCAACCAGACCAAGGGUUUCCCGUGCCUCAAGAAGGCAGAGGGCAGCAGCAAGCCCCACUGCCUGGGUAAAACCAAAGGGCGGACCCAUCCGAACAUUGACCCUGAGGUGGUGCAGAGGCUACGGGACUUCUACAGGCCCUUCAACAUGAAGUUCUACCAGAUGACAGGACAUAACUUUGGUUGGGAUUGAUGUGAAAAUCAUGAAAGACUUUUUUGUUAAUUUGUUGAGAAGUUAUUAUUUUUUUUCCUCUGUAAUUCAACGGCAAGAUGUGGAGAUAUUGCUAUAUAUAUGUAAAAUGUACAGAAAUCUAUUUUAUAAUAAUUUAUUUUUAUUUCUAAGCAAUUAAUUCACUAAGCUGCCUAACCAUAUUUGUACAUAACAUCUGGCCCACAUGUUGUUUUUAACAUUCCUCCUUUUAAUUUUGAAUUCUCUCGCUCCUCCCUCGUGGUCCUGUAAACUCAGCGGAUUUAUCGGUGCUUCGUAAUGCAGAUAAUCAGCGAAGUAGAAAUUAGGGUGGAAAAUGUAAAAGCACCAUAUUACGGGUACAGAGUGCUCACAGAGAAGUGGAGAACACCUAUCCAUGUGCAUCCUCAUUUAUAUAUGCAUCAUGAUUUUACCUUCAUUCAUUUUAAAGGUCCAGUGUGUAAGGUUUAGGGGGAUUUAGUGGCAUCUAGUGGUGAGGACUGCAGAUUGCAACCAGCUGAAACUUCUUGGGUUAGAAUUCCUUCAGUGUUCAUUGUUUCGGAGGUUUGAACCAGGAGUCAUAUUAUUGACAAAGGUGUCUUCCGCUCCAAAACAAAUGGACCAAGGGAUUUAAACUAGUUAACACACUGAAUGAAUCAGUUUCAUGUUACAAAACUGUGUUUUUUGUACGCUUUUUGGCAUGCUAGCCCAGCACCUGCUAAUGUGUGCUAACAUGUCUGAUCCAGGCAUUCAGGGGGGUUUUACCGUGAGCCCAACUGUCCACAGAGGUCUCUUUCUCUCCAACACAAACGAACACAGUGAUUUAAACCGGUAAAAACACUGCCUAAAGCAGCUCCAUUUAAAAAAUGUGUUUUUCUGAUGCUGUUUGGCUUUUUGCGGAACGGGCUGCUAGCUUAGCACCUGCUAAUCUGUGCUCACCUUUUUUCUUUGAUAACUAAAGAUCUAGAUGUUUAGGUGGUUUUUACUGGGAGCUGAAUUAUCUGCAGAGGUCUCUUCCUCUCCAAAACAAACAGAUGCAAUGAUUUCAAUUGGCAAAAACACUGAAUAAAGCAGUUUUACUGACACUGUCCUCCCGGAGGGACUUCUAACUAUGGUAGUCGACACGAAUAUGCGAAUGACCCUAUCAGAAGUCCAUGUGGUUGUCCUUUCUGGACGACUGUAGAAACAUGGUGAUGCAACAUCGUGAUUUCUGUAGAUGAGGACCCGCAUAAACAGUUCAUUCUAAGGUAACGAAAAUACAUCGAGUCACAUUUUCGAGUGAUUACACCCAAAAGAAAACAUAUUAUAUUUCUGCCAAUAUGACCCCCUAAAUCCGACACACUGGACCUUUAAACCCUGUCAUUCUGAGUGUCUGCUUCACUGCAACGCAGACCUCCAAGUUAAGUUUUCUACAAUCCAAUUUUCCUGCACUGGCAUCGGCCUGAGCUGCAGAUCUCAUGUUCCUUUCCACUCAAUAACAGUUAGAUCAAUAGACCUAACUGAUCCUCAUUGUGUCACUCAUGCUUAAAGUAUACAGCUGCCCUUUCAUUCUCAGUGCUCCUGCUGCCUGCUCUAAUGAAUGACCCAUCCAUCAAACGUUAAAUCCCAUCCUGGACCACAUAAGGGUCCAUGUUAACAUUAUGCUAAUCGAGUAAAGGUAACGGGCAGAUCAAUCGAGCCUGCGCUCUCUAACAACCCAUUAGAAGCUGUGUUGGCUGAGAGCCAGGCUCUUGCCCCGUCCGCUCAGUUCAAAGGUCACACAAAGUCUCAAUCAAAUUUCCUUGAGAGGCAUUUGAUUUGUUGAGCGGAGCAGAGCGGGAGGAGCAUUGAGGGUUGGGGGGGAGUGUGAGCCUUGUUAUCACAGUGAGAUGGAAAAAAAGAAAUCUUUGCGUGAGGUAGCAGAGGCAUAUCUGUCGGAAAUCGAGCAUUAAGAUAGAAAAGAUGACAGACAAACAACAACUUGGCUUCGCCUCACUGAAAUAGCGCUUCUUCAAACAGAAGUCCACCAGGCCCCGUCUUAGAUCCCAGACUAAAGAGAUCAAAGGAAGAGGAAAGGUUUUUGUGAAGCACUCUCAGCACAGCACGAAUUGCCUCAGGCGGGGGUGUCUAACCUCUCUAGUGUCGUCAGAAAACCUCAUGUGCCAUCGUCCAUGGCCUAUAUACUUUAUGCCUUAUUCACUCUCGUCAUCCUCACAACUCUCACAACUCUCUACUUGUUGCCAAAAAAAAAAAACCUUUGGGUUGAUAUCACACAGCUUGAUCUCAGCUUUUUCCCCCUGCAUUGCUUCUUUGUUUUUGUCUUUCUACUUGAAUUCUUGAUAUGCAAGAGGGAGAAAAUCUUUGAUGUGCUGCCCCACGUCUCUUUGCAGCAGGUGGCGCGCUAUUAUAAGGGCACAGGGAGGCGGCCAUGCUAUGCUGUGCUACGCUAUGCUAUGCAUGCUCAAUGUGGUGGCCAUUAUGAAAAUGCAGGGAUAAUGGGAAGGGAUUUAUUAGCAUCCAGAGGAGGGCUUUGUGUGUUUAAGCAGGGCCCAGACUGAAUGUACACAACCUACCCUCACAGCAAAGGAAUCAAUUUUAAAGGUCAGAUUGUCACUCAGUUUUAGUUAAAAGUUAUAUUUGAUUGUCCCUCUUUCCUUUUGAAUUUAAGGAAAUGUUGUGCCUCUUUAAAAGGAUAGUUUGGAUUUUUAUAAGUGGGGUUGUAUGGGACACUUAUUUGUAGUCGGUGUAUUGCAUACAGUAGAUGUCAAACGGCAUGUUCCCUGUUUGGAGAAGCAGGCAGGCGUCUUACACGGAAGCUAAGCAGCCUACUGCAGUGGAUGGGCGUCAGCAAUGAAAUGUACAAUAGCCUCCUAAAAAUGGUCCUGCCAACUAUAUGUUAAUAAAAACAUUGAAGUGCACGCUAUAUUUAGAGUAUUUUCACUGCUUUACAUCUGAAAGGAAACCCGUUAACGUCCCCAUCUAUGUUCUCGCCUAAGCCACCAGACUCCAUUGAGAAAAACAGUAAUUUUAGCUCACUGAGCAUGGAAGCUGCUGGUCUUUGGCUGCAUGAAUCAGUUAGUUAGUUUGUGUUACUGUGUGUUUUUGGUGUAUGUAAACUAACCGUUUUAAAAGCCGAAGUCACACAAUAACACAAACAAAAUCACUGUUUAAGGCAGUGGUACACCAGCAGCUCCUGUGUUCAGCAAUGUUAAAUUACUUUUUUUCUCAAUGGAGUCUGGCUUAGAUGAGAGCACUCAAACAAUUUCAUUUUCCUGUUGGAACUCACUGUUUGUUGAGGUAAAACAGUGAAAAUAUUCUAAAUAUAGCAUACUAAAAAACUGAUAUCUGUUUAAGGUGGAACUUUUUUAAGGUGGCUAAAAGAAGUUUUGUUGCCGGACCCCAGUCCAUAGCAGUAGAUUGCUUAGCUACCAUGUCGGACUCCAGCCUGCUUCUCCAAACUGGGGGCGUUCCAACUGACAUUUACUGUGUAUAAUACACUAUCUAUGAAUAACUACCCCAUACAGCCUCACUUCAAAAAAUCUGAACUAUCCCUUUAACUAUCCAAUCCAACACAGUUAGCCUGCUCCUGUCAUUAAGACAGAGAGCGACCCAAUUCAACUAUUUCUCUUAUUUUCCAGUUGAAACCAGCAGCCUGGUUUAGCCUCAAACCAAUGUUUGGUAGCAGGGGAGAUGGAGGCUUGUUACACUGUAGUUGUUUUUUUUGUAGUGCUAUCUUUACUUUCACUCUGCCUGAGCCGUGAUUCUCCUCGUGAGAACUUGUGGAGAAAGCCUUCAUCUCCUCUUCUCCCCUUAGUGCAAUGUUUGAUUCUAAAAAAGCAUUUAUGAUGACCUCUCUUAGCAAGCUGUCACAUUCUGGAAGGAAAGUCCGACAUGUUUCCCUGUAACUGAUGGAAAACUGCAUUUGAAUUCUGGUCAAGUUCAUGUAACUGAGGAAAUAUCUGAAAACAACAACAACUUGCACUCAUGGGUUUUACCCCAUGUGGCUGCAUCGGUUAUGGUUGAGUUUUAUUCAACCUGUUUUGAGAUCUAAAAAUGUUAAAAAAAUGUUUGUCUUACCCACAUAUAAUAUGUAUUUAGACUAGCAGAUCUGUAUGUACAAAAAUGAAAAAGACAUGUAAAUCAAGUAUUUUGUGGUAUGUACAUCAAAGGAAUUAAUUUUACACAAUGCAAAAAACAAAAUGGAACAGAAGUUUCUAGAUGAUUAAAUACUGAACAUUCAAAAUAUUUCUUUGUAUGAAGAAAUAAAUAAAAAAGUAUAUAUUUUACCAAAA